GCACGCCUCACACGUCUCGCAUCACGCCUCGCACCUCUCACACCUCUCACACCUCGCAGCCCACCACGCAUACCUCGCAUGCUUCGCAUCACGCCUUGCACCACGCCUCGCGUGCUUCGCAUCACGCCUUGCACCACGCCUCGCGUGCCUCGCACGCCUUGCACCAUUCCUCGCAUGCCUCGAAUACGCCUAGCAUACCUCGAACAACGCCUCGCACGCCUCGCACACCUCGCAUAGGGAAUCCUAUAUAAACCAGCAAUGAACAUUGGAUUCCAGUCGAUAUCGUUCAUGGCACAGGCACACAUCGACCUCGUCAAAGGAGAAGACAUUACCAUCGACGAAGUCACAUCUAAGAAGAUUGUCUGUCGCUUAGGACGAGAUCAAUAAUUCAUCGUGAAGAAGGUGAAAGGUGAUAUCAAGAUUUAUAUCAAAGACCAAAAAAAUACUGUAUGUUUGAAGGGAACAUUGUUUAAAAAGCUAUUGUUCUUGUCCGAUAGCCUUUAGUGUGUAUGUUCCUUUCUAGAAAGUGAAAAUGUCCUAUGAGGUGGAUAACAUCCGGCAUAGCGUAACGGUGAUACAGCCACGUCAUCAAUUACUGGUGAAGUGUUGCAAUAGCGUGGAUACGUGUAUACAUUGGCCUAAACAUCAUCAUCAUUUUCCAUAUCAACUUGCAAGUAACGGAUUUUUCUAUACGGGUAUUGAGGACUGUGUCACGUGUUUCAUGUGCAACGUUUCGCUAAAACAUUGGAAGUUUUUCGAUGAUAUCAAAACAGAGCAAGAGAGGUGGUCAAAGGACUGUCUUUUUCAGCAUAUGAUGUUUGUCUUAUAAACAUGAAAGGAGUAGAUUCGUUAUUUCGGUGAUACAAGUUGUAGUUAAUCGGUAUGCAGACAUUACAGGAUUUUUAUUACAUGAUACAAUAUACCUGACCGGCAUAUGAGCUACCAUCUUCGCUGCCAAUGAAACAUUCAACUUUUACAUUUCGUCUGAUUUCUGCAGUUAAUACACACCUGAUUGCUGUCCAUUUUCUGGUACUGAUAGAGAGGAUCGAGGAAUUUACUCAUUGGGGUUUGUGCUGACGCUUUCUGAUCCUCACAAUGGCUGAAGGCGGUCUCCCUGCGGAACUUGACUUACAGCUACUGGAAUGUCCAAUCUGCCUUGAGCGACUUCAACAACCCAAGUCCUUACCCUGUCUCCACUCCUUCUGUCAGGAUUGCCUAGGAACUUGUAUCACCAAGGAAAUGUCCGGGCAGAUGGCGUCGGCAACAUCAUUUUCUUGUCCAGUUUGUAGAAGGAUGACCCAUCCGGUUAAUCAGACUAAAACAAAGGAUAAAUGGGCAAAACAUUUUCCGACUAAUACUGUGAUAAACGAACUUCUCCAGCUAAAGGAACGUUCGUCUGAACCAUUGUACUGCAAACCCUGCCAGACAAAAGGUAACCUGAACAACCCAGCCAGUUUUUGGUGCAAGACGAUGAACGAGAACUUUUGUGACACGUGUAAGGUUCACCUUCACGAUAUCAUACAUAAUGAUUGUGAUAUACUUAAUGUCACCGGGAACAACAGCAAACGACAAAAUAAAGAAACGUCUGCCCCUCGGUGUUAUCAACACGGCGAAAAAAUGGUUCGGUAUUGUGAGGAUCACCAAAUUCUGUGCUGCAACGAAUGCGUGAUCGAAGACCAUUGGAGUUGUGUAAAAGUACCAAAGGUGACGGAAUAUUGUCAGAAGGUAAAAGCAGGAUCGCAGCUAGAAGACAUGCAGGCGGCGUUAAAGAAAGGAACAGAGAGUAUGAACUCAUUAGUGAAGGACUUUGAUCAACAGCUCCAAACCAUGAUACAGAACCAGGAAAUCGCACUGCAGAGCAUCUCCGACCUGCGUGAAAAGGUCGAUAAACGACUUGACAAACUCCAGAAGGACAUCACCGACGAUUUGAUUACAUUGUUCAAAAAAGAGAGAAGAGACAUGGAGGCAUCAUCACGGCAGUGCGAGCGUCUGAUGAACGGAAUGAAAAAUACCCUGAAAUCGUCCAUUAAAGCCGUAGAGGAAAACAACAACAUUGAGAUGAUAGUGUUGUAUCAGAGAGGACAGGCAGAAGUGGAGUCGUGUAAGAGCCUUGUCACGGAGAUAAACAAGUCAUUUACAUUCGUCAGCAUCGAGCAUCACAUUGUCCUCGAACAUGAUAUCAUUGGAGAUAACGCGAUGGGAAAGAUCGUCGUCGGGAAACAAACACGAUGCAUUCCUGGUUGCCAUAGCGAUUUAGUAAACCCCAUGUCAGAACGACGUGUAAAAGAAAUCGGAAAAUUUAACAUCAAGUCCCCGUCAGAUAAACAUAAUAGCUAUGCCCAUGGUGUUGUGUAUAUGCCGAGUGCACAUGUAGUAGUGAGUGAUUUCUACAACAAAAAGGUUAAGUUAUUUACAGACAAAGGACAGUACCUGAACGAGGUGACCGUUCGAGGAAAUCCCUGGGAUAUGUGUCUGGUAAACAACUACACGGUAGCGGUUGCUGUCAGCAGUCCUGGAUGUGUUAACCUCAUGAAAGUCAAGGCCUCAAAACUAUCCCUGACAUCUUCAAUCAAUGUGUUAAAUGGUAAAAACUGUUAUGGUAUAGCAAAUAUAGACGGGAAGUUGGUCGUGGGUACAGGUGGGGGAGCAGUAUACAGUGUGAGACAGGACGGAGCAGCCGGGUUUGUAUACAAAUAUAACAGCACAUGCCGGUUCCUCACUCAUGAUAUCAAAAAGGGAGACACACUUGUCAGUGUCAGUAACACCAUCCCGGGGGACCUCGCGCUAUCUAGACUGUCGGCUGACAAACGUUGUACGGAUGUGGCGAAAGUCGGCGUCGUGAGGGAAGCUAGAGGGAUAGACGUUGGCAGAGAGGGUAACAUCUAUGUGUGUGGUGGGGGAUCACACAACGUCGUACAGAUGUCUGUGGACGGAACACACGUCAGAGAGCUGCUGAAGUCAUCAGAUGGAAUGGACAAUCCAACAGCCAUAGCUGUUUGUGGUGACACAUUUGUAGUAACUAAUACUAGUAGUACACACGAGGAGAGGAACUAUAUCCGUCUCUUUCAGUUACUGUAAAGGGUAUGGGAAUGGACAUCUGUGAAAACUGGUAGUUUUAGUGGUUUGUUUACCCUUAUUUUCAAAUAAACAAUUUUUAAACGGACAUUUACAAUGAUAAGCAUAGUGGACAAUUAGUAGACAAACAUAUCAAAAACGAUUUUGUGCACUAUGCUUUAUACAACUAUUUUUUUCAAUAUUAAAUAUCAUUUUUAGUUACACAUGCAAACAUUGUUAUCUAAUGUUUGCAUAUGCUUUGUUGUAUUAUCAGUAUAAAUAACAAGUUGCCUAUCCAAUACAAACAUUGGUCUGUUGAAAUCAUUAUAAUCGGUGUAGAGUCUAUUCUUUAACGGUGUUGGAAUAAAUGUUCAAAUAAAGCAAGCAAACACAGAA